UUUUAUUUUGAAGGGUAAUUAUGUCAGGAAAAUGUUGUCCCAUUCCGCGUGUAAAAGGGCAGCCGCGUCAUAUAACGGUCGGUUUGGUUCAAAUAUUCUCUGCUGCUUCAUCUUCUUUCUUCUCUACUUAAUUCUUUCCGAUCUUCUUCUUCAUCUCCUUCAGUUAUUGUUCUGAUUAUUGUGUUAAUUAGAUUUUCAGAAAGCCUGAUUUUUGGGUUGGGUUUUCUGAAAAGUGAUAGCUUGAUUUUGAUUUUGUGUGUGUGUGAAUGUCGAUUAAUCUGGCGGUGUCCCUAAGCCGUCCUCUGUCAUUGCCUCUCACAGGAGGACUCCUCAAUGUCUCUCUGAACCACGCUCUGAUACGAGACCUCCGAACCCGUGAAGGCUUUGUUGUUCCAGUUUCUUCGUACCCACUCGCUUCCCAACUACACACCUCUCUAUUCUUGCCCAACCGUCUCCUUCAACACCCUCCCUUCUGCCACAUCUACAUUCACAACUUUCUCUCUCAAGCUUAUGGCUUUCCCCUCCCACACUCUGUCACUGAUCGUCUCGCUUCCCAUGUCUUGGCCGCCUCUUUGGUGCGGACCGGGCCGUUUUACUUGAAUGCUGAAGUGGAUCUAGUUCUUGGAUCAUCAGAACUAGUUUUUGAUCAUCAUUUGAUUUCCAACGGUAAUAUUGGCCAUGGUGAUGAUGAUCAUCACAACUUCCACUUCAUUGACGAUCAGUUGAUAAUUGAUCAGACAACCAGGAGAUUACCAUCAUCAUCGGGUUCAAUGGGUACAAGAACUCGGAGAACACGGAUAACUCAGACUCGGGCCGCUGACAGAUUGAGGAUGACAACCCACGAAAGAGUGGUUGCAGAGAAUGUAGAGCUGGGUGGUUGCUGCAUCUGCCUGGAAGACUUCAGUGCUGGAACUGAGUUGCUCCGUUUUGGUUGUGAACAUCUUUACCACAAAAACUGCAUUGUUAAGUGGCUGGAGAAUCAAAAUUCCUGUCCUCUGUGUAGACGUCCAUUGUAGAGGAUUGUUUAUUUCUGUUUUUGUAAUCUGGUUUUUAGUUUGUUACUGUAUAGGUUCAAGAUGUUGAUAGAUUAUCAUAUAGUAAUUGUAAAUUGUUUAUAAGAUUAACUACAUUCUUUGAAUCGAAUCCAAGAAUAUGAUUUUGUCAAA